UUUCCGUGACGAAAGAAAAGUUUAUUCCUUUCAUACCCAAUGGAGGGUUGCUCCAACGCCCUUCGAGGCGCGAGAAAGGUAUAUUUUGGUUGGGGGAAAUCUUUUCGAUUUCAUUCCGUUCCCAGAUCACUACGCUGCUACUUUGCUUGAUGGAACCUAGUUUGUUUCGACGAGGAAUAGGGACGAACCCUUCUCUUUCAAGCUUGACUGUGGUGUUUUUGCAUGAUUGGUGGUUGAUUAAGGCUGAUAGGGAGUCUGAAGGCAAACAAAUAGGUGUUGGAGGGUUUGCUUCUAGAGAGGGACAAGGAAUAAGACUCUUUCAUUCUGCAGCAAUUGCCAAGAGGCACGAUACUGUCACUCUUGAGACUGUAGAUGGCAUAACAAUUACAAUUUGUGGUCUCAUAAAUAGGACCCUCUCACACCAAAAUGGCUUUCUGCCAAAGGUUUGCAAUCAUUUCCUUUUUGGAUUUCCUUAUGACUGGGAAAAGUAUGCUACUCAAUGUUUUAGUGAGGACUCUCUAAAUGGCGCUGAUAAAUCACGGGUUACUUGUUUAGACGGGUCCCUCACGUCCCCAGAUGAUGACACAGUCAGUUUCUUGCCUUUAUCCAUUGAUGACCUCACAGUAACCCGCACACGUGAUCUCUUCAUGUCCACACUUGGGGAGCCAGAGAAUUGUUUGCUAACUAAGAGUAUUUUUAAUGAUAUACUGCAAAAAUGCAGUGACAAUGCUUUUGCACAUAAUGGAUCACCAUGUCAUUCAAACAAGGCAAGUAAUAAUCGGGGAAUGACAGAGGAUAUUCCAGAUGAAAGCCCAAGUAACAAUAAGAGAACUAAGGUUGACCAGAAAUGUAAAGAUGCUACUGGUAUCUCAAAUGUAAGACACAUGACGACAUAUGGAUCUAUUUGUAAAUCUGUGAUGGGGAAGGAUGUUCAUAACUUAACCAAACGUGUAGCCACAAGAAGCAUGACCACUUCUACAAAGCAUGGGCUUAGUGAACCACUUUCUGCAUCGGAGUCCUCAGGGAGCCAAUGUGGACACUCAGGAACCAGAAGAAAUGCUUCUAGUGCUUUGCAUGCAAAUAUAUCAUCUGAAGACAAAACAGAAGUUAAGCAAACUCCAUUUAGAUAUGCAGCCAGGAGAUUGAGGGAACUGAAGAAUUCAAGUGAUUCAUCUUCUCUAGCAGAGGCACCUGGGAACGGAUGUGAGUGGAUGGAAACUAGGGUAAAUGCUUCAAAUGUAUCCCGCGCUAGCAAGUUAUUUGGAGGGGAAACCGAAAUGAAUGCAACCCCUGAUAAAUCUGUAAUCAGGAGAUCGAAUAGACUGAAGAAUCUAAAGAAGCCAGCAUACUAA